GUUUUCCUAUUUCAUUUUUCUCCCUCCGGCGAAUCGAGCGAGUGACUGGAAGUUGACUGACGAGGAGAAGUAAAAGCCGGUAGAAGUUCGUAGCCUGAAACAGGUGUCAACACCGUAUUGACCGGAGAGUGGCGGUGAUGGAGGAGGAGGAGCCAAUGGGUGAGUUUCGCGGCGAGUCUGAGCCCGAGCAGAGGAAAUCUGGAACUCCGAGGCUGUACAUCAAAGAGCUUGUUAUGAGGAACUUCAAAUCAUAUGCUGGUGAACAACGCGUCGGACCUUUCCACAAGAGUUUUUCUGCGGUGGUUGGACCUAAUGGGAGUGGAAAGAGCAAUGUGAUAGAUGCAAUGCUGUUUGUAUUUGGAAAACGAGCUAAGCAGAUGCGUCUCAACAAAGUGUCAGAACUAAUUCACAACUCAACCAAUCACCAGAACUUGGAUAGUGCUGGAGUUUCUGUACAGUUUGAAGAGAUUAUUGACUUGGAAGAUGGUUCAUACGAAACUGUUCCUGGAAGCGAUUUCAUGAUUACCCGGGUUGCAUUCCGAGAUAAUUCUUCCAAGUAUUACAUCAACGAAAGGUCGAGCAAUUUCACUGAAGUUACCAAAAAAUUGAAGGGCAAAGGAGUAGAUCUUGACAACAACCGUUUCUUGAUUCUUCAGGGGGAGGUAGAACAGAUAUCACUUAUGAAGCCGAAAGCACAAGGUCCCCAUGAUGAAGGUUUUCUUGAAUAUCUCGAGGAUAUUAUUGGAACGAAUAAAUACGUGGAGAAGAUAGAUGAAUUAAAUAAGCAGCUUGAAACCCUCAAUGAUAAGCGGUCUGGAGUUGUACAAAUGGUGAAACUAGCAGAGAAAGAAAGAGACAAUUUAGAGGGUGUGAAGGAUGAGGCGGAGACUUACAUGCUGAAAGAGCUAUCAUAUCUUAAAUGGCAAGAAAAGGCUACAAAAAUGGCAUAUGAAGAUACUUUAGCUAAAAUUACUGAACAGAAAGAGAGCUUGCAAAUUUUGGAAAAUAGUCUAAAAAAUGAGCGAGAGAAAAUGGAUGAGAUUAACAAGGAGUUGAAGGAACUAGAGUCUGUGCAUGAAAAACAUAAGAAGAGACAAGAGGCUCUUGAUAAUGAACUUAGAAACUGUAAGGAGAAGUUCAAAGAGUUUGAAAGGCAGGACGUAAAGCAUAGGGAGGACUUGAAGCACAUGAAGCAAAAAAUCAAGAAACUCGAGGAUAAACUUGAAAAGGAUUCAUCGAAAAUCAGUGAUUUGACAAAGGAGUGUGAAGACUCGAAAAAUCUAAUACCUAAACUUCAGGAAGAUAUACCAAAGCUUCAGAAGGUCUUGGUCAAUGAGGAGAAGGCAUUGGAGGAAAUCAAAGAGAAAGCUAAAGUUGAAACUGAAGGUUACCGGUCUGAGCUUACAAAAAUUCGUGCUGAAUUAGAACCUUGGGAAAAAGAUUUAAUUGUGCACAGGGGAAAGCUUGAUGUUGCAUCAUCUGAAAGCGAACUCUUGAGCAAGAAGCACGAAGCUUCUCUGAAAGCCUUCACAGAUGCUCAGAAACAGCUUUCUGAUAUAUCAGCGAGAAAAAAAGAAAAAGCUGCAGUAACUACCUCAAUGAAAGCUGAUAUCGAGAAGAAGAAACUUGAAGCAAUGAAAGCUCAAAAAGUGGAAGAGGAAUCACUUAGAGAACAAGAAACACUUAUUCCACAAGAGCAGGCAGCCAGAGAAAAGGUUGCUGAGCUAAAUUCGGCAAUGAAUUCUGAGAAGAGUCAGGGUGAUGUUUUAAAGGCAGUUUUACGAGCGAAGGAGACCAAUCAAAUUGAAGGAAUCUAUGGAAGGAUGGGGGACUUAGGUGCCAUUGAUGCAAAAUACGAUGUCGCCGUAUCAACUGCUUGCGGUGGCCUUGAUAACAUUGUUGUGGAAACAACUGAUGCAGGACAAAAAUGUAUUGAGCUGCUACGGAAGGGAAAUAUUGGCGUAGCAACGUUUAUGAUAUUGGAGAAACAAACCCAUUAUUUAAACAGAUUGAAGGAGAAAGUGAAGACACCCGAGGAUGUCCCGCGCCUCUUUGAUCUGAUCAGAGUUAAGGAUGAAAGGAUGAAACUUGCAUUCUAUGCAGCCUUGGGAAACACUGUCGUGGCAAAGGAUCUUGAUCAGGCAGCACGUAUUGCAUAUGGUGGGAACAAAGAAUUUGGAAAAGUUGUGACUCUUGAAGGCGCUCUCUUUGAAAAAUCUGGUACCAUGAGUGGAGGGGGAGGCAAGCCACGUGGGGGAAGAAUGGGAACCUCUAUUCGAGCCACUGGUGUGUCUUGUGAAGUUGUUGCUAAUGCAGAAAAAGAGCUCUCCAAAAUUGUUGACAUGUUAAGCAACAUCCGUGAAAAGAUUGGCAAUGCUGUGAGACAAUAUAGAGCUGCAGAAAACGAAGUCUCUCGUCUGGAGAUGGAACUGGCGAAAAGCCAAAGAGAGAUCGAAAGUCUCAAUUCAGAGCAUAAUUACCUCGAAAAACAACUAGCUUCCCUGGAAGCUGCAUCUCAGCCAAAGACAGAUGAGAUAGACAGGCUUAAAGAACUCAAGAAAAUCAUCUUCAACGAAGAAAAGGAGAUAGAAGAACUUGAGAAGGGUUCUAAACAGCUUAAGGAUAAAGCUUUUGAGCUGCAAACCAACAUAGAGAACGCUGGUGGGGAAAAACUGAAAGGACAAAAGGCAAAGGUUGAGAAGUUUCAGACUGACAUUGACAAAAAGAAUACAGAGAUCAAUCGGUGUAAUGUUCAAAUAGAAACAAACCAGAAAAUGAUAAAGAAGUUGACAAAGGGGAUUGAAGAGGGGUCUCGAGAGAAAGAAAGGCUAGAGGGUGAGAAGGAAAAGUUGCUAAGCGUUUUCAAAACUAUAGAACAGAGAGCAUUUGCGAUCCAAGAGACAUAUAAAGAAACACAGAAGUUGAUUGAUGAACAUAAAGACGUGCUGACUGGAGCAAAGUCCAAUUAUGAGAAGCUGAAAAAGUCUGUGGAUGAGUUGAAGGCAUCUAGGGUCGAUGCAGAAUUCAAAGUCCAAGAUAUGAAAAAGAAAUACAAUGAAUUAGAAUUGAAAGAGAAGGGCUACAAGAAGAAACUCAACGACUUGCAGAUUGCACUCACAAAGCAUAUGGAACAAAUCCAGAAAGAUCUUGUUGAUCCGGAUAAGCUUCAAGCAACAUUGAUGGAUAAUAAUUUGAACGCAGCCAGUGAUCUAAAAAGGGCUCUUGAAAUGACUGCCUUACUGGAGGCUCAGCUGAAAGAGUUGAAUCCAAAUCUUGACUCAAUUGCCGAGUAUCGGAGCAAAGUGGAACUUUACAAUGGGCGGGUAGACGAACUUAACUCCGUAACCCAAGAACGUGAUGACAUAAGGAAGCAGCAUGAUGAAUUGAGAAAGAGAAGGUUGGAUGAGUUUAUGGCAGGAUUUAACACAAUAUCGCUAAAACUGAAAGAAAUGUAUCAGAUGAUCACUCUCGGGGGUGAUGCAGAGCUUGAGCUGGUAGACUCGCUGGACCCUUUCUCAGAAGGUGUGGUUUUCAGUGUGAGGCCUCCCAAGAAGAGCUGGAAGAACAUUGCAAACUUGUCGGGUGGUGAAAAGACACUUAGCUCACUCGCCCUAGUCUUUGCUCUCCAUCACUACAAGCCUACACCGCUUUACGUCAUGGACGAAAUCGACGCCGCUCUCGAUUUUAAAAACGUAUCAAUCGUUGGACAUUACGUGAAGGACCGUACUAAAGACGCUCAGUUCAUUAUCAUCAGUCUGAGGAACAACAUGUUUGAGCUAGCAGAUAGAUUGGUGGGAAUCUACAAAACAGAUAACUGUACAAAGAGCAUUACAAUCAACCCUGGAAGCUUUGCAGUUUGCCAAAAAACGUCUGCUUAAGUCUACCAAAUGAACAUCUCUCUACAUUCACCACGUCUGCAAGUAAUAUAAGCUCAAUCGUGUUGUAAUUAUUUCCUUGUGUGGGGUUUCUACUGUUUCAUAACUUUGGAAUUGCCUCUUUUUUUUUUUUUUUUUUCAAAAAUGCCGUGAUUAACAUUAACCAUG